AUGUCCCUGCUGCCCAACCCCAUCAGUCAUCAGCCGGAUACUUUGAUUCCCUGGUUUUGGCUGGAAGAAGCUUCUCCCCAUGUUCCCCCCUUCAUGCAUGGAAAUAAGGAUCUUCUGAAUUUGUCCCAGUUCCUGAUGUACCACGUGCUGCCAUCUUCCAAGGCCUCUUACAAACCACCUGGAGCUCUCUUGGGCACUGAAGUGGAAGUACCUCGAGGUGUGGGCCAGCAACCAAGCAGGGACGUGGGGUCCCAGCUGGGGCCGGGGGGUUUGCUGGUGUCUGUGCUGCAUGGACUUUGUGUGCGUCCCGCGACCGCCUUUGUGUCCCCUUUAUAUGAGCGCUGGGUUUGCAGGUUUUGUGCCUCGCUGGUGGGAAUGAGGGGGCGGAAGUCAGGAUUUGCCCCGUGCUAUCUCAGAGUCAAAUUUCUCAAGCUGGUUGAUCCUCUGUUUGUUUUGGUAUCCUCUGUUCUGGCGAUAGUAUAUGAAGGCCAAGACAAGAACCCAGAAAUGUGCCGAGUUCUGCUCACCCAUGAAAUAAUGUGCAGCCGCUGUUGUGACAAGAAAAGCUGUGGCAACAGAAAUGAGACUCCAUCAGAUCCAGUGAUAAUUGACAGGUUCUUCUUGAAAUUUUUCCUCAAAUGUAACCAAAAUUGCCUAAAAAAUGCAGGAAACCCUCGAGACAUGCGUCGAUUCCAGGUUGUGGUGUCUACAACAGUCAAUGUUGAUGGCCAUGUGUUGGCAGUGUCGGACAAUAUGUUUGUACACAACAAUUCCAAGCACGGGCGGAGAGCUCGAAGACUCGAUCCCUCGGAAGCUACACCAUGUAUCAAAGCCAUCAGUCCAAGUGAAGGAUGGACUACAGGAGGUGCCACUGUCAUCAUCAUAGGAGACAAUUUCUUUGAUGGGUUACAGGUCAUAUUCGGCACCAUGCUGGUUUGGAGUGAGCUGAUUACUCCUCAUGCCAUCCGCGUACAGACGCCUCCCCGACAUAUCCCAGGGGUUGUAGAAGUCACAUUGUCCUACAAGUCUAAGCAGUUUUGCAAGGGAACGCCUGGAAGAUUCAUUUACACAGCUCUGAACGAACCCACCAUUGACUACGGUUUCCAAAGGUUACAGAAGGUUAUCCCCCGGCACCCUGGUGACCCCGAACGCUUGCCAAAGGAAGUAAUACUUAAGAGGGCUGCCGAUUUAGUAGAAGCACUCUAUGGUAUGCCACAUAAUAACCAGGAAAUAAUCCUGAAAAGAGCAGCAGACAUCGCAGAAGCACUCUACAGUGUCCCCCGCAAUCACAACCAGCUCCCCGCCCUUGCUAACACGUCAGUCCAUGCAGGAAUGAUGGGAGUGAAUUCCUUUAGUGGUCAACUAGCUGUCAAUGUUUCCGAAGCCUCACAAGCCACCAAUCAGGGUUUUACUCGCAACUCAAGCAGCGUGUCACCUCAUGGCUACGUGCCAAGCACCACCCCUCAGCAGACAAAUUAUAACUCUGUCACAACAAGCAUGAAUGGCUAUGGGAAUGCUGGAAUGUCAAAUUUAGGCGGUUCUCCAACCUUCCUGAAUGGAUCUGCUGCCAAUUCUCCCUAUGCCAUUGUGCCAUCAAGUCCGACAAUGGCCUCCUCCACUAGCCUCCCCUCAAACUGUAGCAGUUCCUCUGGGAUUUUCUCCUUCUCACCAGCCAACAUGGUCUCAGCGGUGAAACAGAAGAGUGCUUUUGCGCCUGUUGUGAGACCGCAAACUUCUCCUCCUCCCACCUGCACCAGCACCAAUGGCAAUAGCCUGCAAGACCAGUCUUUUGUGGACUCUAGCAAGUACUCCACUGCAGGGUCUCUCCAGGGGCUGGCCUUCUCCUGA